AUGGAAGUUCAAGGAGAUUUCCCACCUUUCCAUAUCUUUGCAAACUUCGUGGAGGAAGAGGCCGAGAUCGCUUGCUACCCCGUCACAUCGCGACAGGGCUUGAAGGAUGGAAUGUCAGAGAGGAUGAAAUCAUUCCCAGAGGUACGGUCCUUCCCGACGGCAUCGAAGCCAUCGUACGGAGAUAUGAGAGGAGCAGAGAGAAGGCAAGAAUCAAGUUGCCUGGUUUGCAAGAGUCAACACUCUCUUGACAAGUGUAAGACCUUCUGCCAACAAGACAUAGAUGCACGAAAGAAAUUUAUCAGGCUGAAAGGACUGUGUUACGGGUGUUUGAGGGGAGGCCAUAUGACUAGGAAUUGCAGACAAAUGAGUACUUGUGCUGUCUGCAAUGAGAGACAUCCUACACCCCUUCAUGGUGAUACUUGGAGGUCAUCGAGUUAUGGAAAGGCUGAUGAGAGGACUCGAGACAAUGCGGGUUUGCCUAGUGGGAUGCCGGGGCAUCAUUCCCGCUCUAUGAUGAAUAAAACUGGGAUCAACUCCAAGAGUGCGAUGAUUGUGCCAGUGUGGUUAUCUCACCAAAGCCUUCCAGAGGAGAAGAUGACAUAUGCUCUCCUUGACACGCAAUCCGAUACUUCCUUUCUUCUGGAUUCGACAAAGGAAGCCAUGGGACUUCAAGGGAUUGAUGUCAAUCUUCGUCUCUCGACGAUGUCGAGUCAGGAUGAGAGAAUUACGAGUGAGCGUAUCGAGGGUCUUUCGGUGCGUGCUCACAACAGCGCCAGGAAGAUUGAUCUCCCACCUACAUAUACUCGAGACAUCAUGCCUGCCAACAGACAUCACAUACCAACAUCGGAGAUGGCUAAAGGUAGUCCACACCUUGCUGCGAUAAAUCACAAUCUUCUACCUCUUCAAGAUUGUGACAUUGGCCUACUCAUCGGGUAUGAUUGUGCAAGAGCGUUGGCACCCCGAGAUGUCAUCCCAUCCUCCCAGGAUGAAGGACCUUAUGGCAUACUAACAGACCUGGGGUGGAGUAUUGUUGGACCAGUGCAGGGAGACUAUGAGAAGAGUGAAUACGAUCCCAUCGGUCAUAGUCAUCGUAUCCUCACUUGCGAGAUUCCAGCUGACUUGAAGGGAGUAAAUGCACAGUCCAAGUACAGAGUUGCAUUUACCCAAGCAAUCUCUUUGAAGGAGGAAAUCACACCAUCAAGAGUGGCCAAGCUGAUGGAGGUGGAUUUCUCGGAUGUAAGAUGUGAAAGGGCUCCAUUUUCACAAAAUGACACGAAAUUCAUGGACAUCAUGAGAGAAAAGAUCCAUACCACAGAUGAUGGGCAUUAUGAGAUGCCAUUGCCCUUCAAGAAAGAGAAACCAGACUUACCCAAUAACAAAUUGGUGGCAAAAACGAGAAUGGAGCACCUGAAAAAGAAAUUUCAACAGAAUCCGGACUACCACGGGAAGUACGCUGCUGUCAUGAAUACUCUAAUCGAGAAAGGAUAUGCAGAGCCUAUUCCAGAUCACGAAGUAAUUGAUACCCCUGCAUGGUACAUCCCUCAUCAUGGCGUGCAGCAGCCUCAGAAGCUGAGAGUAGUAUUUGACUGUAGUGCAAAAUGCAAGCGAGAAUCAUUGAACUCUCAUCUCUUGACGGGACCUGAUCUCACCAACAAGCUAGUUGGAGUUCUCUGCCGUUUCAGAAUGGAGAAUGUUGCAUUCAUCUGCGAUUUCACCAAUUCCACCAAUUCAGAGUCAACAAAGAGGACAGAAAUUACUUACGAUUUCUAUGGUGGAAGGAUGGAAACUUCAAUGAAGAGCCCAAUGACUAUCGGAUGA